GAUAACACGCCGCUCCCGUUUGGUCAGUCAGUCAGUCAGUCGCUUGUCAGUCUCGGCAGUUGAUGUUGGAACGUCGCGCCAAACGGAAGCCGAAUAUUUUCAGUCAUUCCAGUAACCUAAGCGCCCACAGCUAAAAUUGACCCGGGAAGUGCCCCUACUGGUGGUCGCAUGCUUAGAUUCGAUUGAAAACAGGUGGUGUUUUGAUUACUGUUUUUUUUCUUUCUGUGCUGCUCAGUGUCUGCUGAAGCAAAGCGCUAAGUGUAAACAAACGUGAGUGUUCGUUUAAUUAAUUAUCAUUUAUCGUCGGGCACAAUUAUAACUGAACAGAAUUUAUAGCUUCACAGUGAGGAGUGAAGCCGCCAAGAGCCUAGCGCAGAAGCGGGGAGAUUGUUUUCUUAUUUUUAAUUAGGUUCGCGAUAACCACGCGGUCCGAGAGGAUUGAAAGACGCGCGCGCUUCGCUGUGUCAGUGAGUGUUCUGCUGUUUUUUUUUUCGUGAAUGACAACACGAACGCGUCCGGGAGAGGGAAGUCAUCAUCGUCGUCAUCAUCAUCAUAAACGAAGCAUCUUAUAAUUGUUCAAAUAUUUAAGUCACGCCGAGAUAAACGACACUUCACACACAGUGCACGAAGACGGCAGCCUCCGUCCACUGGAGCCGAGUUGAGCCGGGAAUGCCUCAAGUGUCACUUCCAGGCAAAAAACAUAGUGAUAAAAUUUAUUAGUGUUUAGAGUGUCGGAUUCGCUAAGAAAGCGAGAGUAAAAAAAACCUCAACAUUCGUGAGUUAUUUUAAUUAGAAAACAGCACCAAGUGGGAAGGGAGUAGUGCAGUAAAAAAAACAGAAAAAAACAAACAAACAAAAAAAACUACCAGCGCAUUUUGCACACAACUGCACCGUGUGCGAAAACCUAUGCGACCGAAGAAGGAAAUUUGAGAAGCUUGAAGUCGACGCGAGCAAACAUUUCUCAGCCGGCGAAGGAACGCCGGGUAAUUCGAGCACCGCAUCACGAAACCGGACGAGGCAGGCAAGUCGAGCAACGCGGCAAGACAUUCUUCGGUUUACGCCGGUUGGUUUGGAAGCACCGCGCGAAUCCCACGGUCGGUAGCUUCUGCUCCUGCCAUUUCCUCCCUUCGGCACCACGCGGAAGGAAUUUCGCAACUUCGGCUUCGGCCGACCGGCCUACGUUACGCGGCAGCCCCCCAGCAGCAACUACCACUACCAGUACUACAGCAGCAAGAUAGUUGCCGACAGUCAGUUAUCCAUGAUGACGAUGGACGUCACCAAACCCGAACCACCGUCGGGUACCGCCGGACUGAACGGUGGCAGUGCAGCCAGCAACGGUCCAAACUCGCAGCAACAGGCUCAGAAUGGGAACGGCGGUGGUGGUGGUGGAGGCCCCGGCCAAACUGCGAUAAAUCAGCAACUGUGUGCCGGUUGUGGAAAACACAUCCAGGAUCGGUUUCUGUUGCGAGCGUUAGAUCUGCUUUGGCAUGAGGAUUGCCUAAAAUGUGGCUGCUGUGAUUGUCGGCUCGGUGAGGUCGGUUCCACGCUCUAUACCAAGGGUAAUCUGAUGCUGUGCAAGCGGGACUAUCUCAGUUUGAAAAAUUCCAGACUUUUCGGCAACACUGGCUUCUGUGCCGCCUGCAACAAAGUGAUACCGGCCUUCGAGAUGGUGAUGCGGGCCCGGAACAACGUGUACCAUCUCGAGUGUUUCGCCUGUCAGCAGUGCAACCAUCGAUUCUGCGUGGGCGACAAGUUCUACCUGUGCGAGAACAAAAUCCUCUGCGAGUACGACUACGAGGAACGGCUAGUUUUUGCUUCGAUGGCCAACCAUCCGAUGUUGAAACGGCAAAUCGGACAAGGCGGUGGUGGUGGUGCCGGUGGUGGAGGAGGAGGUCCUCACCAGCAACAGCAUGGCGGUGGAGGCGGUGGUGGCGGUGCUGGAAAUCACCAUCCGAUCCAGAAUGGGAUCGGCGGUCCAACGACAGCUCAAUCGCCGAAUGCGAAUGCACUGAUGUCACAACUGGUGGCAGGCCAACGGGUUGGCAACACUGGUGCUUCCGGAGGCGAUCACAACAAUAACAGUAAUCUUCCGGUUUCACUGGGAGGCACUGGCGGAGGUCCUUCCCCGUUCGGGACGCCCACACACAUGAAGGCCGCCCUCAGCAGUGCUAGCUAAAUUUGCUGUAGCGUUACGCGUUCGUGCUUGCAACACUGUGCUGCUGAGUUACAAUAAGAGAAAUUCGGUAGGGGCGUUGCAGGGAGCUUCGUUUGUGAUAUUUAUUUCUGAAUUUCUUAAUUUCACUACCGUUCGUCGGGUAAAGGACCUAUAUUUGUUUAAAAUGUUCACGGAAAUUUUGAUCGAGUUUGUUAACGGUUUCAUUUACUUAGGUUCACGAAAUUGCUCCCGGCCUCUCAGCCCCUCCACAACCUAAUAAUGAAAAAAACAACGAUGUGCAAUACUCUUAAGUCGUUAUGUUCCGCAAGAUGAAUCCUCCGAUCAAAGUAAAACAACAGAGAAUCUUAUUAUGUGCCAAAAAUCCCCCUAACUCACAAUUUAUAUUUAAGCGAAAUGUUUCGGACUGAUCGAAGGGCCCCUCGUUCGUGUAUUUUUUUUUUGUCGUAGUUGAAGCCGUUCAGCGUUCUGAAUUGAGCGUUUAUUCGCCCAGUGUCCAAACCCGCUGUGACUACUGAAAAGCGCGAAAAACAAGUGGGACGAAUGCAUAAAUCAAAUUUACUCAAUUAGAUCAUCUGCUCGUUUUUUUUUCCGUGUGCGGGUGUUUAUUUUCCACUGGUCAGCAUCGAUAACAGUUUUCCGAAGUGAUGGAAUGGUAGAUUUAACACGCUAUUUUCCAAUGAUCAUCGAUUGGGCACGAAUAAAUUAAACACCUUGUUGAAUAUUAACGAGCUUUGUUAGAUCCGAACACGAACGGAGGGGUGAAUUGUAACCAAAUAUGAAAGUAUGAAAAUAAAAAAAUGCAAACAAUCGACUGUCGAUGAUUCUCGUGAGACUUCAAGUUAAACUGAUUAGUUUUGCUUGUGUAUAUUGUAUCUGUAAAUACUAGGCGAUAUCAAAUAUUUGUUGAGUAUGAUAACUAACUUGUCGUUUUAUUUGGUUCGAGUCGGGAAACCAAAAUAAUUGGUUUUCUUCUCUGAAAAUUUCAGUUACGAUUAACCUCAGAAUACUAGUAUAAUCAUAUUAUCAUGUUGAUAACUCAAACAUCUCGGAAAAAAACGAAAUAUCCUGCAUGUUUUUUGUCAAAUUCAUAACGACAAACCAUUGAAUAAAUGUUCUGGACUAUUAAAUGAUAAACAAUUCUUACAAUAAAAGAAAAAAAGCAAAUGGGCUUUUCUAUAACAGAUUACCAACAAUACACUGGAGGAAAACCAAAGAAAAUUGUACUAAAACGAAAAGAGUAAACAUAAAUGGUAAUUAGACAAAUUAUUGAAAUAAAAAAAAACAUUAAUCAAAAACCCGAA